AUGUCCGAAACAAAACGCAAAUCCCGGCACCCCUCCCUCGACACACCCCUCCCUCUCCCCCACGCUCACAGCGGGGCGACCGCAACAUCCAACGAACACGGGCUGUGGAUCCAGCUAUGCCAGGAACUAUGGCGGUUCUCGCGACAGCUGCCGGAGGUCGAUGCAGCGGUGCCGAAGGUGAAUUCGGUGCAUACUAAGAUCAUUCAGAGGCAGGAGAAUGGAAAGGACUUCCACGCAAAAGGCGCCAUGAAGAUCCUCUCCCUCUACGAACGCGCCAACUCCAAAAUUGCGGAACAGACGAACUUCUUAACAACAGCCCUCGACAAGACCGCCAUCCUCCUCCUCCUCCGCGAAAACCACGACGCAACCACACCGACACCGGACUCCACCCACCCCUCGAAAACACGCAAGAAGCGCAAACUGGACGAAAAAGGGCGCGUCGGUGUCGGUGCCGGGUCACCCACGGCCCCCGUGAUUGUGGGGGAGAAGCCGCAUACCGUGUUGCUUAUACCUGGAAACAAAAAAGGUCGUGGCGGUGCGGGAACCACAGACCCCCUCCGCCCAGGCCAACAGGUGAUCGCGCGCCCUACCCAACCCCACGCCACGGAAUGGAUCAUGGGCACCGUCGAGCGAUACAUCCCCGAGCGCGGCCUCUAUCUAUUCACGGACGCGGAGGACGAGGACGGGGCUUUGCAACCCAAGACACCCCUCUACUUCCCACCCCGCGACCUGAUCCCCCUCCCCGCCACCGACACCGAGAUCGCCAAGAAACAGAUCAUCGCAAGGGACAAGCCCGUGCUCGCGUUGUACCCCGGCACGACGUGUUUCUAUCGCGGGAGGGUAAAGAGCGGGCCUACGAAGGCAUCACCGAACGAAUACAAGAUCGUGUUUGAGGACGACCAGAACCAGGAGCGGGCCGUGCCGGCGCGGAUGGUUGUUGAUGCUGUGCUUGCUGGGGAGUGA